AUGUUGGCAAGCUGCGUAGUUUUGAGUAAUGAUUACUCGCAUGCAUACCCAGGAAGAGCAAACAGAAUAGCAAAUGCUCACAGCCCCAGUAAGUCUUCAGUGGCCAAAAACAGUGAAAAAGAGACACUUGAUGCAUUACCAUUUGAUUUGGAGAACAUUGGAGCCAUUGAAGCAGCCAAAUGGAUACGGACUGUUUUCCAUCCAUAUGUUCUCUAUUUUCAGAAUGAGUUCUCUCAGCCUAUCUAUGGAGAUAAAGCAACACGAGGUAAUAAGGUGGUUAAAUCACAGAAUCAGGCCUUGUUGGCUGGUCUUGCAUAUUGCAUAUCGUCCUGCAGCAUGAUAUUAGUUAACAAAUUCGUGCUUUCGAGCUACAACUUUGAUGCUGGAAUUUCUCUGAUGUUGUACCAGAACCUAGUCUCGGUUAUAAUCGUUUCUGUGUUGAGUUUUCUGGGCAUAAUAUCAACCGAGCCGCUAACAUGGAGAUUGGUUAAGGUCUGGUUGCCUGUGAAUGUUAUAUUCGUUGGGAUGCUCAUUACAAGCAUGUUUAGCUUAAAGUACAUCAAUGUAGCAAUGGUCACGGUCCUAAAGAAUGUUACCAAUGUGAUAACUGCUAUUGGUGAAAUGUAUCUAUUCCAAAAGCACCAUGACAGCAGAGUAUGGGCUGCUUUGUUUCUAAUGAUAAUUUCAGCAAUUUCUGGAGGCGUGACUGAUUUAUCUUUCCAUGCCGUCGGCUAUGCAUGGCAAAUCAUUAACUGUUUCUUGACCGCAUCAUAUUCUCUGACUCUACGUAGGGUCAUGGAUACAGCAAAGCUUGUUACAAAAUCUGGAAAGCUGAAUGAGUUUUCAAGGGUCUUGCUAAAUAACACUCUUUCUCUGCCUUUGGGGAUUGUGCUUAUUUUUGUUUUCAGGGAGGUUGAUUAUCUCUUUACAACACCACUUUUGAGGUUACCCAACCUUCUGGAUGGUAAUGACGCUAAGUGGAUUUUUAGGUCUUGCAAUCAGCUUCACGUCUAUGUGGUUUCUUCAUCAAACAGGUGCCACCACAUACAGCCUUGUGGGUCGCUGAAUAAGAUCCCUCUAUCUGUUGCUGGUAUCCUACUUUUCAAAGUCCCGACCAGUUUAGAGAACUCCGCUAGCAUUUUCUUUGGUCUUGUGGCUGGAGUAUUUUUCGCUAGAGCCAAAAUGCGGGAGAGAUCUCAAUCCUGA